AUGGUGGCUGGGGACUUUAAUUCCGUUAUCACGAGAGAUGAAACAAACAAUUAUGUCUCCUUUUCUGCCCAAAGAAGCUCGGACUUUGUUAACUGGAUCAAUGAAGAGGGUUUUGUUGACAUGGGCUACUCGGGACCAAAAUUAACCUGGGUCAAACAUGAAACCACAGAUGGGGCAAAGGGGGCCAGACUAGAUCGGGCGAUGUGUAAUCUUGAAUGGCGCGGCCGGUACCCAGAAGCUGUGGUGGAACACUUACCUCGUGUUGCCUCGGACCAUGCGCCUCUAUUAAUUCGACUCUAUGGGAGGCAGUGUUCUAAUAGACUAAAUUUCUUUCAUUUCCAGGCUGCUUGGAUUACACACCAGGACUUGCAACAGGUAGUCGGAAGAAUCUGGAUCCCCGAAGAAAACUUGGCAGAUAAUGUACGGCGGGUAGCGGACGGUCUCAGUAGUUGGAACAGGGAUGUGUUUGGAAAUGUGUACACGCGCAAAAGAAGCUUGCGUAAACUCGAGAGGAACCUGCAAACACAACUAGAAGAAACCCUUUACCAGGAAGAACUUAUGUGGUACCAGCGGUCCAGAGAAGAAUGGAUAAAGUCGGGGGACAGAAACACAAAAUUUUACCAUGCUGCGGCCACAGUGCGAAAAUCACGUAUCAAGAUUUCGGGGCUGAAUGAUGACAACGGGAUGUGGAUGCCAGAUGGUAAUGAGUUGCGGGAUCAUGUCAGGACCUUCUUUUUAAAUCUUUUCACCGAGCCCACCGACGGAGUAGACGUUUCAAGCAUUGGCGACACCUUCCCACGCAUUGGCCAGACGACUUGGAGGGUGUUUAAUAGAGAAGUUUCAAAGGAGGAAGUUUACACAGCAGUUUUCGACAUGAAACCUUUCAAGGCUCCGGGCCCGGACGGCCUACCAGCGGGUUUUUAUCAACAUACGUGGGAAGUUACUGGGGACAGUAUCUUCAAGCUAGUCAGGGACGCCCUUAGUACUGGCAGGCUCUCGGAAGGAGUGAACGACACCCUAGUUGCGCUAAUACCAAAAGUGCAGGUCCCUGAGACGGUCAAGCAGUUCAGGCCUAUCAGUCUUUGUAACGUUGGCAAUAAUUUGGAACGGAGACCGAUUGGAACAGUUCACACCAACGAGGGGUAUUCGUCAAAGCGACGCAAUGUCCCCGAUUAUCUUUGUUUUGUGUAUGGAACGGCUCAGCCACCUAAUUGCGUCAAAGAAAUAGCCGCAAAGUUGGGUAUCGCAGAAACGAAAGACCUGGGGAGAUAUCUUGGUGUGCCUUCUUUGCAUGGCCGGGUAACAUGCAAUACUUAUGCGGGCCUUUUAGAUCGGAUUUCUGCCAGACUGGAAGGAUGGAAAGCAAAGACUCUCUCGCUAGCCGGGCGUGUCACUUUGGCAAAAUCAGUACUGAAGGCCAUCCCGAUUUACACUAUGCAAACGGCAGCUCUCCCUAAGGGUGUCUGUUCGGAGAUUGAGAAAAGGACCAGGCGCUUCAUAUGGGGCCGCGAUGAACAAUCCGGGAGCAACAAGAUGAUUCUGGUGGCCUGGGACACAAUCACUACGGAUAAAACAUGUGGAGGUUUGGGCUUGAGGAAAUUGCAGACCAUGAAUGAGGCUUGUAUGAUGAAACUUUGCUGGAGGCUAAAAACGGAACCUAAUGCGCUCUGGGAAAAAACGCUUAUUACGAAAUAUCACCAUAGUUCUGGCUCACACCUGGACACCACACGUAGAAGAAAUACUUCCAACGCCUGGAAAGGUAUAAGCGCGGCUAGAGAAACCUUAGAGAGUGGGCUCACGCAUGUUGUUCGCAAUGGAAAAUCGACUCGUUUUUGGAUGGACCCCUGUCUUACACCAAAACCUCUAUAUGAAAAGUUAUGUGGCACCCUGAGCCUCCCAGAUCUUUACGCGAACGUGGAAGAUUACUGGGACAAGGUAAGAGGCUGGAAAUGGGAGAAGUUACAGAGAUCUCUUCCCACUGAAGAAAUGGAGCGCCUCGCCGGUUUCUGCCUAGCGGAUGAGAACAUUCCAGACGGGUGGGGCUGGAGUCCAGAUCCUCGGGGGUAUUUCUCGAUUAAAUCAGCAUAUGGGUGGGCGGAUACUUCUGUAAGACAGGAAGUUGACAAAGUUUGGGGUCUUAUUUGGGCGUUAAGAGUUCCGGACAGCGAGAAGACUUGGAUCACCUAUUUCGACGCUGUGACGCCGCGAACCGUAUUUGGAAACAGUCUCUACAGCGACGAACGGAGGAGGCAUGCGCAACCUCGACUGAGAAAGCUGGCUUACGAUGAACCUGCAGGGGGAUUGUAA